CCGGCGCGGCCUUCUCGUCCCCCGCCACCACCCUGCGAGGGGAACUGAUUUUUUCUCUCUCUCCGAGUAUCUGACUGUUUAAAUAACUCCCCAGACUCCUCUCUGGUUCUGAUCUUGUUCGGUUCCCUUGGGAGGAUGGAUGGGAACAAGCGGAAUUUUUUCAAGAAACAUCCCAGCAUCCAAUUUAAGAAAAAAGGAGGCAACAAGAAUGGAAAGUGGAAUAAUUCAUGCCGUGAACAAUCGUCAGGGGAGUCUCAUUCUGUUGACACUGUCUACCGUAUACUCUGCCCAGCUAUAAAAAUUGGUUGCGUUAUUGGAAAGGGUGGUACCAUAGUCAAAGCCUUGAGAGAAGAGACACGGGCAAGGAUUACAGUUGCUGAUCCUGUUCCCGGUUCAGAGGAUAGAGUGAUCAUUAUUUAUAGUUCUCCUGACAGAGUUUCUAGUAAACAGAAUGACGAUGAAGAUUCAAUUGCAGAGGAUGAAACGGAGCCGAUGGAGCCUCACUGUGCUGCCCAGGAUGCUCUCUUAAAAGUUCAUUACAGGAUUAUUGAGGAGGAUCUCUUUGAUGGCAUGACAUCUGGUGACGAUAAUGAUCGCAAUGUUGUCACUGCACGACUAUUAGUUCCAAAUCACAUGGUAGGGUGUCUUCUUGGGAAAGGUGGAGAUGUUAUUCAAAGGUUACGGAAUGAGACGGGUGCAAAUAUACGCAUUUUACCUGCAGAUCAUCUUCCUGCAUGUGCUACGAGCACUGAUGAAUUGGUGCAGAUAGCUGGAAAACAAGAUGUGGCAAAGAGAGCACUUUAUGAAGUAUCGACUCUAUUGCAUCAGAAGGCAUGCAAGGUAAAAUCUCCGCUGGCUUUCCCUUUGCCUGUUGGAGGUCAAGGAUUUCAUCCUCCUGGAGGUCCCAUGCUUCCACCGGAAAAUCCAAUGCGGUCCCAUCAAAACCCCAGUUCCCAUGGUCUGCCACCCAGGCCAUGGAUGGAGGGAUAUGGAAAUCCGCAUUCUGAAUCUGUACCAAGGGGUUUCAAUGGUGUUCCUCCUCCUGGACCUGGUAGCGAAGGUUCAGCUGAGUUCUCUAUGAAAAUUUUGUGUUCAGCCGAGAGAAUCGGUUGGGUGAUUGGCAAGGGAGGUUUUAGCAUGAAACAGUUAGAGCAUGAGACAGGCGCCACUAUAAAUGUUCCGGAUGUGUCAGUCGAAUCGGAUGAACGUGUGAUUUAUGUCUCUGCUAUUGAGGAUCUCUGGAACCCAAGAUCACAGACCAUUGAGGCGAUUCUUCUGCUUCAGAAUAAAGCUAGUGAAUACUUUGAAAGAGGCAAUAUUAUUACCAGGCUUCUUGUCCCAGCGAGUAAGGUUGGUUGCAUUCUUGGUCAAGGUGGUCAUGUUAUUAAUGAGAUGAGAUGGAGAACCCAAGCAGACAUUCGUGUUUAUUCCAAAGACGACAAGCCAAAGUGUGCAGCUGAAAAUGAAGAGCUUGUGCAGAUAUCUGGGAAUUUUGGGGUUGCCAAAGAUGCCUUGGCAGAGAUUGCAUCAAGACUAAGAGUGAGAACCCUGCGAAAUGCUGGAGCAGAAACUGCUCCUGUUAGGUCUGCCCAGAAAUUUGGUUGGGGAGGAAGCAUACCUGUUGGAGGGCUCCCACCAUCUGGCACUAUGGGAGCUGGUAGCUCUGAUAGAUAUGAUCCUCUAGAGGUUGAUGGACACGAAUACGAACCUCAGAGCUAUCCAGUUCUGCCAGCUGCUACUGGAUAUUCAAAUGUUAAUAGUGCUUUGGAUGUUAAGAUUCCAAACAGCGCAAUCCAUUCUGUCAUUGGAUCAGGAAGGAGCAGCAUUUCCCAUGUUGGUGAGAUUGGUGGAGCAAGAGUGAAGCUACGAGACUCUCAAGUUGGUGGCACUGAAGGUGUUGUCGCGAUCCACGGUUCUUCUGAGCAUUCGAAUGCAGUACUGAGUAAUCUUCAGUCUGUCAUGGGUUCUGCUGGACUAGACGUUAAUUCUCAGCAGAACUCCUACCAGAAUAUGAAUGCUCUGCACGGCUACCACCAGAACUUGAAUGCUCAGCAAAGCCCCUACCAUUUGAGCAGUCGGCAAGGAUCCUACUCCAACAUUAAUGUACCACAUGGCGGGUACCACAACAUCACUGCGCAGCAAGGCUACCAAUACUGACUCUGAUUUCGGCAAUUUUGUACCAUAAUUAAUUCUUGUGUUCAAAUCUGUUAGUUUUGUUGGCCAAAUUAGGAUUUUGACAGGGUGCUUAGAGGCUCAGUUAUCACCUGAUGAGUGAUGACUGCCAUGAGAUUGUUUAGUGGGAACUAAAAGAAACAUUUCUGCUGUGCUGUGCUGGGGUGAGUUGUAAGCAUUUUCACGCAGUACAAGAAUGUUUAUUGACAAAUCGGUUUUCAAUAUCGGAUUCCUGUAUAGACAAUUCAAAUGUUGUUCAAGUUUGAAUCUU